CCGGGCGGGCAGCAGGGCGGGGAGGCGCCGGCGGUGUGCGAGGCGGGGCUCGGGGGAGCCGGGCUGGCUGCUGCAGGCGGAGGGCGGGCGGGGAGAGAGCCGCCCUCCCUCGCCUCUUCUGGCGGCGGCCGGCGAGCAGCCCGCAGAGGGACGCGGGCUCCCGGCGCUCCCGCAUAAAAAAUGGCAUUUCAGAAGGCAGUGAAAGGAACUGCUCUCAUUGGAGGAGGUGCCAUAGCAACAGUUUUUGGCCUCUCUCAAUUUUCUCAGCAUAGAAACAAACACGGCGCCUUGGUGCAGGUUCAGGCUGAAGAAGGUGUUCCAGUGAGGAAGGAGCACCUCCCCAGCAGAGAGCAGCAGCUGGCGGCCCUGCAGAGCGGCGCGGAGUUCGAUGUGCUCGUCAUCGGCGGGGGAGCCACGGGCUGUGGCUGUGCCCUGGACGCAGCCACCCGAGGACUAAAAACAGCCCUUCUAGAAAGAGAUGAUUUCUCAUCGGGGACCAGCAGCAGGAGCACUAAAUUGAUCCAUGGUGGGGUGAGGUACCUCCAGAAGGCCAUCAUGAAGCUGGAUUUCGAGCAGUACAGGAUGGUGAAGGAGGCCCUGGAGGAGCGUGCCCACCUGCUGCAGAGCGCGCCCCACCUCUCAGGUGCACUGCCCAUCAUGCUCCCCAUCUACAAGUGGUGGCAGCUGCCAUACUACUGGAUCGGGAUCAAGCUGUACGACCUGGUGGCGGGCAGCCAGUGCCUGAAGAGCAGCUACGUCCUGACCAAGGCCCGGGCCCUGGAGCUGUUCCCCAUGCUGCGCCGGGACAAGCUGGUGGGAGCCAUUGUCUACUACGACGGACAGCACAACGACGCGCGCAUGAACCUGGCCAUCGCCCUGACCGCCGCCCGCUACGGCGCUGCCACCGCCAAUUACACCGAGGUGCGGCACCUGCUCAAGAGCACGGACACGGGCCGCGUCUGCGGCGUGCGCUGCAGGGACGUGCUCACCGGGAAGGAGUUCGAUGUCAGAGCCAAGUGUGUUAUCAAUGCCACGGGACCUUUCACAGACUCAGUCCGCAAAAUGGAUGAUCAGGAGGUGCCCAACAUCUGUCAGCCCAGCGCAGGCGUGCAUAUCGUGAUGCCUGGUUAUUACAGCCCUGACAACAUGGGGCUGCUGGACCCGGCCACCAGCGACGGCAGAGUGAUCUUCUUCCUGCCCUGGGAGAAGAUGACCAUCGCAGGGACCACGGACAGCCCCACGGAUGUCACCUCCCACCCCAUCCCCACGGAGGAGGACAUCAACUUCAUCCUGAGCGAAGUGCGCAACUACCUGGGCCCAGAUGUGGAAGUGAGAAGAGGAGAUGUGCUGGCAGCCUGGAGUGGCAUCCGGCCCCUGGUGACCAACCCCGACUCCAAGGACACCCAGUCCCUGUCCCGGAACCACGUGGUGACCAUCAGCGACAGCGGCCUCGUCACCAUUGCAGGUGGGAAGUGGACAACCUACCGUGCCAUGGCACGGGACACCAUCGACGCGGCCGUGCGCGAGCACAAGCUGCAGGCAGGCUCCUGCAGAACCAUGGGGCUGCAGCUGGAGGGGGCCCACGACUGGAGCCCCACGCUCUACAUCAGACUGGUGCAGGACUACGGGCUGGAAAGUGAGGUGGCUCAGCACCUGGCUUCCACCUAUGGAGACAAGGCUUUUGAGGUGGCCAAAAUAGCCCAGGUGACAGGGAAGAGGUGGCCUAUUGUUGGGAAACGUCUGGUGUCUGAAUUUCCUUACAUUGAAGCUGAGGUGGUGUACGGGGUGAAGGAGUAUGCCCGCACCGCCGUGGACAUCAUCUCGCGCCGCACCCGCCUGGCCUUCCUCAACGUGCAGGCUGCCGACGAGGCCCUGCCCCGCAUCGUGGACAUCAUGGCCAAGGAGCUCAACUGGUGUGAGCAGAAGAAGAAGGAAGAGCUUGAAACAGCUAAAACAUUCCUGUACUAUGAAAUGGGCUACAAGGUGAAAACAGAUCAAUUAACAGACAGCUCUGAGAUCAGCCUGGUGCCUGCAGACAUUGAGAGGUACAAGAAGCGGUUCCGCAUGUUUGACAAGGACAAGAAGGGCUUCAUAACCAUCCUGGACGUGCAGCGCGUGCUGCAGAGCAUCAGCGUGCAGAUGGACGAGAACACCCUCCACGAGAUCCUCAACGAGGUGGACCUCAACAAAAACGGGCAGGUGGAGCUCAACGAGUUCCUGCAGCUGAUGAGUGCCAUCCAGAAGGGCCGUGUGUCGGGCAGCAGGCUGGCCGUGCUGAUGAAGAGCGCCGAGGAGAACCUGCGGCGGCGCCAGGCCAUCCCCGUGGACCGCAGCGGCGGCGGGCUCUGAGCCCCGGCGUGCCGGGCAGCUCUGCCGAGCGCCGCGCUCCGUGUGCCCCGGCCCCGCGAUUCCCUGCUGGGCCUGGCCGGGCCGGGCGUGCGGCUGGAGCUGCGGGCUGCAGGGCCUGGGGGCACACAGCUCCUGCCCGGCCACUGACGUUUGCAUCGCCUUCUCCUUCGGAGCAGGUGCUCGGAGUGACUCCUGCCCUGCCAUUAAUGUUUGCAUCACCUUUGGAGCACACCUUGCUCAGAGUGACUCCUGCCCCAGCUCUUAGCGUUUGUAUCACCCUGAAGCAGAGUGCUCGGAGUGACUCCUGCCCUGCCAUUAAUGUUUGCAUCACCU